AUGGCGCACUCUGCCUCUACUUCGCAGCGCCCUCACUCGCGGAAACGUAGAUGGUCGAAACAGCAACUGCUACGGUACCUCGAGGGGAUUGGAGACCUGGCUACGCCGUUAGCGCCUACACUGCCACCGUCGCCACCAGCUUCCCGGGCGUCAUCGCCCGCUCCAGGCUCUAAGCGCAAGCCAGACCCGUCGCUCGCCCAAGAGCCGUCGAAACGUCCUAGAAUGAGCUCAGUGUCCAGCCGCUCCUAUCCUCAACUACCUCGCACCGCGAACUCGACCCAGCCACCAGCGGUGAAUCGUCCAUCCAACCCCUUGCCUCCAGUCGACCCCGCCGCCCGCUCGGAACCGUGUGAAGAUGGCGAAGUGCGUGAGGAUCUCCCUUUGCCUCCGCCGCCACCGCCUUCCUCUACCGAGGCUCUUAAUGUCGUCUCAAGUUUCAUGCCGGUUCGCCGACCCAAACGGGGCAGGCCAACCACAAGGCACUUCGACCAAUUACACGACAAAUACCACAGUGCCGGCCGCCAACUCAAGUAUUCUGGCGACGCACGUUUCUGGUCUACAUAUCCUUCAUCACAUAGAGAAUAUCGACCGCUCCCCAAUCCUCCGCCGCUUAAUUCCCCUUACCACAAAUAUGGCGGUCUCAUCGCAAGACUCGAACUUGUGGAUGCCCUCAUCUGUUUCACCUAUUCCUUAUGGAAUAAAGAUUACAACAAACGUAGCUGCAUUGUGGAUUCCUGGACCACCAUUACGGCUUUUUUGAGUUGGUGCAAGCAAAAGUGGCAAACCGAAGAAGCUUCAAAUGAUGGAGAAAAGGCUCUUCUCGGACUAAUCUUCAUGAUUGAAGGCUUCAUUAACGCACGUAAAGUGGCGUAUUCGCCCCGGCAGCUUGAUCAAGAGCUGGCCCAGGCCGUCGACGUUGCUAGGAAAGAAGUUGAGAGCGCCAUUAACCAAGCAGAGAGUAUGCCCAAGGGUGCCAACCCAUCUCUACUCGGGGUCACCACGCAGAAACAAGGUACCCCUCAAAUGUUACCUUCGCCGGCGAGCAUAGCACCUGCAAACAGUGCAAACUCUACGCCUACUAAUCGGGACGAUGGUACCCCCAAUCCCAACGGCCGAUCUUCUUCUAUCGCCUCAGCAGCGCCACCACCUGCACCAGUUGUGGUCGCGCCUGCGCCACAUCCUCGAAUUAUGCCCUCUCGUUAUCAUAACGGCCAGAUACCGGCACAUGUAGCAACCGCGGCGAACAGCGUGACGGUACCGAUGGGAACACAUUUGAUUGGCUCACUGAAAGAUCACUUCUCAAACAUAAGUACGGCUGUAGGCUCUCUAAAGAUGGCUGAGCAAACUCUCACACUCCCUAUAAUUGCUCGCCAUUUUCCCAAAACAUUCGCUCGGAUGGUCUUUUCUACACUCUCCUUUUCGGAUGAGCACGAGCCCGACAUCGAGGAUGACGAAGGUGAACUUUAUUGGCCAGGGCAGUCUCUUAGCGGAGAGGGCCUUGGGUGGGUAUGUCUAAUGGGGCAAGCAAUGUUGAGGGAGUUCGGCAGACCGUAUGGGUACAAGGGUUUGGCUGGUGUUGUACCAAAGCCCAGACCGGAGGAUUCGAUAGAGGGCGGGAACAAAGCCGGCAAAGCAGGAUCUCGUCCCGGUUCAACGCCCCACGGCCAUACUCCGUCCAUGUCGCGGUAG